UAUUUUCAAAAGAAUUCACCACCCAUUUUUUUUUUCUUCUUUUCUUUUUCUUUUCCGUUCUCACUUUUUUUCUUUUUAAUUUUGCACCAUGUAUAAAUUUUAAUUUAAUUUUAAUUUUUGCUCCCCUCUGUAAUUGCUUUGGUUCUGUGCUGUUUUCCGCAAAGAGAGAGAGAAAGAGAGAGAGACUACAGAAGGAAACAACAAAGAGAAGAGUCCUAUGCUAGGGGACUCAGCUGUUUUGGGAACAGGAGGAGGCAGCUCUGGAGGAGCAGAUGCAGUAGUCGCAACAACCGCGACUUUUUCUGCCGCGGCUGCUGUGGCUACUGCAUCAGCACCACUACCAUCACCACCACAGUCAGUAUCAGCAGCACCGCAUCAUCAUCAUGACGGUGUUGCUGAAAUGGGUGGUGGUGGUGGAGGUGGAGGAUCGACCUCCGGGGACGACGAGAAAGGAGAGAGGAGCUUCGGCGGGAACAGGUGGCCGAGACAAGAGACUUUGGCUUUGCUCAAAAUACGGUCGGAUAUGGACGUGGCGUUUCGUGAUGCCAGUGUUAAGGGUCCUUUGUGGGAAGAGGUUUCAAGGAAGCUAGCAGAGCUUGGAUACAAGAGAAACGCGAAGAAAUGCAAAGAGAAAUUUGAGAAUGUGUACAAGUACCACAAGAGAACGAAAGAUGGUAGAAGUGGAAAAUCUGAAGGAAAAACAUAUAGGUUCUUUGAUCAAUUAGAGGCACUUGAAAACAACCCAAUUAUUCAUUCCCCAGCAUUACCUCAAAAAUCAGCAUUGCAAGCAACACCAGUUUCAAUGGUAAAAACAACUGCAUCAUUGCCAUCCCCUCCAAUAAUUACAACAAUGCCACAACAACAACAGGUAGUAGUAGCAAGUAGUGGCACCAACACAACAUCAGCACCACCUAUUAGUAUUGCUACUGUUCCAUCAAUAGCUCCUACUACUAUUUCAAUGCCUCAAAUUCAACCCAAUAAUAGUAAUAAUAAUAAUAAUAGUAGUAAUAAUAAUAAUCCUGUAUAUUUUCCUCCACCACCACCACCGCCACCUGCUUCAUCUUUUCCGAGUAUUCCGGCGGAGCUACUCUCGAAUUCGAGCUCUUCUUCGACUUCGUCGGAGGAGACGAUCGAAGGAGGGAGUAGGCGGAACAAGAGGAAGAGAAGGUGGAAGGAGUUCUUUGAGAAGCUAAUGAAGGAGGUGAUAGAGAAGCAGGAGGAUCUGCAGAAGAGGUUCCUUGAAGCAAUAGAGAAGAGGGAGAAAGAGAGAUCCGCUAGAGAAGAAGCAUGGAGAGUUCAGGAAUUACAAAGAAUCAAUAAAGAGAGAGAGAUUCUCGCUCAAGAGAGGUCCAUCGCCGCCGCCAAAGACCAAGCCGUCAUGACCUUCUUGCACAAAAUUGCCGACCAACAAAACCUUCCUACACCGCCAUUCAACAAUGUUUCUCAACCAUCACCACCGCCACCACCGCCUCCUCCACCACCACCACCGCCACAACAAACGCAACCUACCCCGCCGGUGGUGGUGCCGCCAUUACCCACACCGCCACGGCCGCCACCAAGCAUGGAGAUGGUGAAAGUUGUUGAUAACAACAACAACAACAAUGGAGAGAAUAACAAUAACAACAAUAAUAAUAAUUCGUCACCGCUGGCGGCGAGUUCUUCGCGGUGGCCGAAAGCUGAAGUUGAGGCGCUGAUAAACCUGAGAACAAGCCUUGAUGCGAAGUACCAAGAGAAUGGACCAAAAGGACCAUUGUGGGAAGAGAUUUCAGCGUUGAUGAAGAAGCAUGGUUAUAACAGGAACGCUAAGAGGUGCAAGGAGAAGUGGGAGAACAUCAACAAGUACUUCAAGAAAGUCAAAGAGAGUAACAAGAAGAGGCCUCAAGAUUCAAAGACUUGUCCCUAUUUUCACCAGCUUGAUGCUCUUUACAGGGAGAGGAAUAGCGGCAAGCAUGACGCUGCUCCCGCCAUUGUCACUACAACGCCGUUAAUGGUAAGGCCGGAGCAGCAGUGGCCUCCUCAGACGGAGCAGCCGUCCUCGCAGCCACGAGAAGUAACCAUGGAAGACGCUCGGAAGGGAGGCAAUGAUGAGGAUGAGGACGAGGAGAAGGAUAAUAUUGGUGAUGAAGACGACGACGAAGACGAUGAUGAUGACGACGAAGGUGGUAGUAACUUUGAGAUUGUGGCAAGCAAGCCAGUUUCUGCCGAGUGAGAAGGCCCAAAAGAAGAAAAGUUGGACCAAUGAGAUUAAAGUUUUGUGGGGCAGGGGUUGUCGGGAAUUAAAGGUGAGUGGUGGUGGCGGCGGCGGCGACGGCAGUGGUGGUGGUGGUUGAGGAGAAUUUGAAUAUGGAAAUGCAUGUGUAAGACACAUGGGUAUAGAAUGUGGAUUGGUGGGGGUUCUUGCUACCAUAGCAUAUAGUCACUAAAAGAUUAUAUGUUCUUUUUUCUUUAAUUUUAUUUAUAGCAAGAGAAUUAUUUAUUUUUUUGAGCUAAAUAAAUAAGGUAGACAGAAAAGAGAGAUGAUUAUUCAGGCUUAUUAAGAAGCUUAAGGCUCCACAAUAAUAAUAUGAAUAAUGAGACCUUGAUGAAUGUUUGUUUGCUGUUGUACUAGCUGUUUUUUCUUCUUAGCUUCUUUUUCUUUUUUUUACUUCUAUUAUUCCUUCUUGUUUCAUGUAUCAUGGUGAUGUAAAUGGGAUAGGAGGAUGGGGAUCUGCUUUUUAUUUUCUUUUCAAAUUUUGUUAUUAUUACAAUUACAAUGUUGAUUGUCAGUGAUUUAUAUUC